CAUAGAUAUAUAAAUACUAGUAUUAUAUAUAAUCGUCUCCCCACAAACGUAUCUUCUGUCUAAAGAACUGAAAUUGUGAAAAAAAAAAAAAAAAAAAACAAAACACACAAACAAAAGGGGAGAGCAAAAGAGGAACAGAGGCCUUUACUUCCUUAACUUUUCUAUCUAUAUGCUUCCUCUCGGAUCUUGAUUUUUAUUCAAAUAUCAUCUGGGUCUUUCUCAUUUGGUAAAUUUAAGCUCAUGAUUUUCAUCGACUAAUGGAAAUGGAGUCUGGCAAGUUGUUCAUUGGUGGGAUUUCUUGGGACACCGAUGAAAAACGCUUGAGAGAGUAUUUCGAAGCUUUUGGCGACGUGGUGGAAGCUGUGAUCAUGAAAGAUCGGAACACGGGCCGCGCCCGUGGUUUCGGUUUUGUUGUUUUUGCUAACGCUUAUGUUGCAGAAAGAGUUGUCAAGGAAAAGCACGUUAUAGAUGGCAGAACUGUGGAGGCAAAGAAAGCUGUUCCCAGAGAUGAUCAACAGAAUCUAAGCAGGAGCAAUGGCAGUAUUCAGGGAUCACCCAGUCCUGCUCGCACAAAGAAGAUUUUUGUAGGAGGUUUACCAUCCACAGUCAAUGAGAGUGACUUCAAGAAGUACUUUGAGCAGUUUGGUACAAUCACGGAUGUUGUGGUGAUGUAUGAUCAUAACACGAAAAGGCCUAGAGGUUUUGGUUUUAUCACUUACAAUUCAGAGGAAGCAGUAGAUAGGGUUUUGCACAAAACUUUCCAUGAGCUUAAUGGCAAAAUGGUUGAGGUCAAGCGGGCUGUACCCAAGGAGCUAUCUCCAGGGCCAAUAAGAAGCAACUUAAGUGGCUAUGGUCAUGGUUUGAAUAGAGUCAACAACUUUCCUAAUGCCUACCCUCAAGGAUAUAGCCCAAGCCCGAUGGCUGGUUUUGGAAUGAGAAUGGAUGGAAGAUUUAGUCCAGUUACUGUUGGUCGGAGUGGAUAUCUACCCUUUAAUUCCUCUAAUUAUGCUAUGGGACCAAAUUUGGAUUCAGGCUUGAGUUCUGAUUUUGGGGGAAGUGGGAGUUAUAGUCCUAACAUAGGUUAUGGACGUGGUUUGAACCCUAUUCAGAGUGUGUAUUCAAACAGGUUUAGUGGUCCAGUUGGAUAUGGUGUAGGCAUUGGUGGAAGUGGUUCUCUGGUGAACUCAGCCAGUCGAAACAUGUGGGCUAACGGGGGUAUAAAUUAUGAUAGCAAGACUGUAAAUUCAAAUGAUUUCGUUGGAUCUGGAAGUGGGAAUACUGAAUUGCUUGGUGCUUUUGGAACUAUUGGAGCAAUUUGGGGUUCCUCUCCUGGCUCAGGUCAAGUUGGAGGAAAUGGUUCUUUUAGCAGCAGUAGCAUUAAUUAUGGCAGUGGAGAAGACAGCUUUAUGGCUGGGGCAGGGUAUGGAAAAGUCAGUGGAAGCAAUGUUGACACGAAUGCAUCAUAUGCUGCAAGAAGUGAUACACAUGAUAUGGCUUUUGGAAACUUGUAUGGUAGUGGUUCAAUAUAUGAUGAGCCCGCAUGGCCAUCAUCAUCUCCAGAGUUGGCAAGCUCUGGAACCUUUAGUUAUAGGCUUGGGGAUACCACUUCAAAUGUUACACCCAGCAACUCUGUUGGUUAUGUUGGUGGUUAUAGUGUUGCAAGUAGAUCUAAUAGAGGAAUUGCUGCCUAGGAGUAUGCCAUAUGGAUUUCGUAAAGUUGUAGGUGAAAGUACAAGCUGAACUACAAUGACAGAUGGUGAAUUACUUGUUUAUGUGGAAGGAAGAUAUAUCUGGCUAGCAAUGCAUUUAGUUAGGUUCAAUUGAAGUAUGACUAUACGGGUUCUAUAGGACGCGCCAAGAUGAGCAUCUGCAAGGGAUUUCGUGUAAGAUUUGAACUUGAGUUUCUCAAUAUAGGUUUUGGUUCUAGGCAUUUUGGUUGAGUUGUAAAAUUGGAUUGCGGGAUAUACAGUGAAAUGUUGUGUCAUGCAUGUGUAGUGACAUGGUGAGAGAUAAAAAGAAAAGAACAAAAAAGGCAGAUUUUUCGUUUCCCUCAGAUUCUUUUUCCCUUUUCUGCUGUAAUAUUCGAACUAAAUCUCUGGUAUUUGUCAAAGUUCUUAUUUGUUAUAGCCGGCUUCCCUUCAUGGGUUUUGCUAUACGCAGACUGUAAGAAACGUUUCGUUCAUUAUUAGUGGAGUAUCUGGAGAGGAAGAUUGGCUAUUCCAUUCCUGGGGACAGGAAUUACUAAAUGCUGAUUCAGUUUCUGUGAA